AUGGUCUAUCAGUGUUUCAAUCGCAAUCAGUCACUCUUAUCACUCUCACUUAUUGCCAUGCUAGACAACACCAUUUUGUUCCCAGGAAAGGGAAUCGGAAACACCAUAAGGUUGGGAAAGUCAUUGUACACAACUAUCAAGGCUUUGGACAAGUUUGGGUACAAAAUGAAGAUUAUCUAUUCCGGCAAGGAUUACUUAAAUACCCCGGUAAUGAUCCUGUUACCAGAAAUUGGAGUUCGUUUGGUGUUUUCCAGUUUGAAAUUGGUGCUCAUUGAGAUCUUGGAUUUGCAAAAACUCAAGCUUUCAUACAAUAACAAGGUCUUGAAUCCUUUGGUUCAUGACGAAAAUAACAAUGAACUUCUCACACUCAAGACAGUUUACAACAAAAUAUUUGGGCCCACUUAUCCCGGAACUUUACAAGGAGAAGACUACAUUCUCAGCUACAAUGGGAUAUCUUUCAAGUUCCACAUUAAUCUGAAGGUUUUGGUGACAAAAGUGAGUCGAUUCGCUGGCGAUGAAGACAAGAUAUUGUCCACCCUUCUCAACUCUAGUUAUCCCGACGUCACCUGUACGGCUAUUUCUGUUCACAGUGGUGACUCGUGGUCUGAAGUGGCACCAGCACUUGUGGCAGAUCCGGUAGUUGCAGUAACAUCGAUCCGCAAGUUGCAAAUUGAUGUUAAAGAGGGAGUAGUGAAGGUGUUGUUUGACGAUCGAGACCACAUCAUAAACAUCGGCCGCACGACCCAGCAGGAAAUACUAAACUUGUUUGGCCCCCCUGACGACUAUUUCAAUAAAUUCGACUCGAGGUUUCUCAUCCACAAUCACCUAUCCAAGUCUCUUGGAAUCGACAUCCACGACAACUCGCUCUACAAAUUUCACAACUACUUUUCGUUGGGACUCGAUUUUCUAUACGAUUUAACACCCAGAGGAAUCGGAACUGGGGUCUUGAGGAAAAUUGUGAUCCACAAUGGCCAGAUUCCUGAAAGUUUGGAUUUUAUGAGGUGGAACAAGUGCAACUGGGAAAUGUUUGAAAACUUCAAAGAAGAACCACGAGCUACAUCCGACAUGUAUUUCAGAGACAUACCGGAGGAUUUCUUGGCAACCAUAAACGCCAACGAUAGCGUUCGACCUGUAAUUCUCAAUCGAAAUGAAUCGGAGUUCAUCGACAACGAUAUCGAUAUAAUCAAGGCUAACGACUUGGGAGACGACUCCGACUCGGCCAUAAGCUCCAAGGCAAAGACAUGGGGCCACUCCAAGCUCUAUGGAUGCGAGCGGUGUAUCUGGGAGGUGGUGGACAGCAACGGGUGCAUAUCUUGCUUGACAGUGUUCUAG